AUGAUGAAAAUAACAGUGCGAUCGGUUGUGUUUUGUAUAUUAGGGUUAGCCGUGGCCGAUCCAAAUGAUUCUACACAAAUUGAAAACUAUGAUCAGAAAACGAAGCAGUAUCAAUUAGAAGUACCAGGACGAGACUCGAUAACUGUUAUCGAAGCUCAUGAUGGACAACCACAGUGGAAGAAGAAAUUUGAAAUCAAAAGCACAGCGGACGAUGCGGAAGUAAAGAACCUUAUGACUCAUAUUAUUCAUGAUUUAGAUGGUAACGAACCGAGAUGCUACGGACCUUCGUGUCAAGAAGGAUACGCAGAAGAAGAUGGUUUUGAUGAAUACGCACUAGGUGAAGACAAAUUAAAGGACUUUCGUGACUAUCCUCUAGACCGCUUACAGGCUAUCACAGCAUUAGCAGCCAAAUUGAAAAAAGACAAAUACAAACAUGAUCGUUUCUCUCAAAUGGAAAGUGGGGAAGAAGACAAAGGUAAUGUAUUCACAACAUGGAAUAGACUAAAGGUAAAACAGCAUAAGCAUCCUUUUGAUGACAAAGACGGCUGGGUAACAUUAGAACCUGUAGCUUGGUCUACUAGCAAGAUAUCUAAGUGGAAGCCUAAUGUAAAAAAACAAAAGCCCAACCAGUGGACUGAGGACGAUAGUCGACUUCCAGACGACGAUAGAUUUGAAUCACAUCAAGGCACUGGAAGCAGUUACAAUUAUCAACAAAAAAGACCCAGCUUAGCGCGUCCAGGUUUUAUUAAUAACAAGUUACACGUACCUCAAGACUAUGAACCGGAAUUACCAUCCAAACCAACGUUUACAACAUGGAGUAAGCCUCAGCAAGCUUCUUAUCCUUCUAUGUGGGCUCCAGAUGAUGGACGACGUCCUCAUAAGCCGAACUGUGAUACGGAUGAAAACUAUACAAAUGAUGAAGAAGGAUAUUAUGGAAUGUCAGACUCUGUUGUUACUGACAAUCGUCCUGCAAAUUUCCCUUAUGAAUACGAAGCUCUACAUCAAGCACAAAGUUCAAUGCAAAAACGCCCCUUGCGUCGACCAACACAAGUAGUUUAUGCAGGUUCCCCAGAGUACGACAGUGAUCGUUCCUCAAGACCACCAUAUAGUGACGGACAGUGGGUUUUGCUUUCUACCACCAAAGGUUAUAAGAACAAAAAACGCCAACGUUCGCUGAACUACCCAGCUCCGGAAGACGGUAAUGACGUCACAACAAUGACCUCCCAUCAAGCAGUUGCUUUAACUGUGUUGCCAGUGGACAAAGCACAUACAAACAUGACAACGUCACACGGUGGAUUAUUAGAAGUAGAAAAAAGCUUCCAAACUGUCGAGGAGUCUAAACGUGAUUUAGACAAGAAAAACGAUUUAGAAGUUGCUGCAACGCAAAUAAGGCCAAAUAAAAAUAGAGCUGUGAGAAGGAAAAUUAUUCAGAAUUCAUCUCCUGACAGUUCAACUUUGCUUGCGGCAGUUGGAGCAGGUAUGGUGCCAGCAACAAUGGCCAUGGUUGUACCCAUGAUGCUGGGACGUCGUCGGAGAAGAAGAGACUCAAGAGAAACGCUUGAAGAAUCAAUUGACAAGUUUCUACACAAAUAUAUUUAGAC